AUGCAUCUCAAGACUGUGUUGACUCCGGUCGCUUUGGCGGCUGUUGUCGGUGCUACCAGGAGUAUACGUGAUGUCGAGCCGUGUGCUCAGGUGAGCAAGUUGGUGGAAGACGCCAAUCAAGACCAGACAAACGCCAUUGUGCCUCAUGAUCUAGCACAUCAAUGUCUGCUAUCUAUGCCCUUUGACUCGGACCGCGCCGUUGAUUUCCUGAUUCAAGUUCGCAAGAUCCUCGAGUUCCAGUCGACUAUCGAUAUUUUAAAGGAUCCCCCAUCGGGAUAUACCAUGCCCUCCACGGAUAUCAUGGGGAAAAUCGAUACAAUCAUGAGCAAGGCCAAGAACAACAGCUAUACCAGCCAAUUUGAGAUGGACUUAGAAAUUAACCACCUUAUCAAAACGGCCCAUGAUGGUCACUUAGCCUUCCAGCUAUGCUCGCAGUCGAUCUUCACGUAUCAAAUCGAUAUGCCUCUAGUGUCAAUCUCAACAGAUGGGCUCGCACUUCCCCAAGUGUACGCUUUAGGUGAUGCAAAACUGCACAAGGUCGACCCAGAAGCCGUCUCGCCUCUGGUGUCUAUCAACGGCACUGACGUGGCUACGUACCUUGAAUCAUAUGCCAGUAAUCAGAACCUCCAGGAUCGCGAUGCACAGUACAAUCGAGUAUUCCCCGCACCAGCCCGCAGUGUCACAAACACUCCUACUAGUGUGGAUGGAAUCUGGGCUUCCAUUGGAGACUGGACUGAUGGCGCUCAGCUGUCCCUCAAGUUUGGCAAUGGCACUGAAAAGACUAUUCAGAAAACAGCCACACCGAGCGAAAAGUUCUUUUCUUAUAAGAACGGCACGCACCUCUACGACAUAGAGUGUCUUCCUCGAGACUUGUCUACAGCUUCGAGCAGCCCAUCUGGCGCCGAGACAGCCUCCUCCGAGAUAGCGGGAUUUCCCAGCACUACGUGGCGCAACUCAGCUAAUUCGAUUGCUGGAUAUUACUCUAAAUUGUCAGAGCUGAAGGACACAGCAAUCAUAUUUCUGCCCACGUUCUCAUCCAGCGCAUCAGAGGUCGCCAAGAUUGCGGUUGACUUCUUGCAAAACAGCACCGAAUCUGGAAAGAAGAACGUCUUGAUUGACCUCUCAUCCAACCCCGGUGGAUACAUGUCUAUUGGCAUCGACCUGUCCCGUAUCUUCUUCCCUAAUGCUGCCCCAUACACAGCGACGCGGUUCCGAGCACACGAUGCAGCCAAGUAUCUCACAAAAGCUUACUCGCGCGACAACAGCACGGACACGAGCAAUGUCUUCGCGUAUCGGCAGAUGGUUCGGCCUGACCAGAGAACCGACUUCAGCUCGUGGGAAGACCUCUAUGGGCCGCACGAAAUUCUGGGGAGCUCUGCUUCUAGCUUACUAGCCAACUUCAACUACACCUCCACCUCUUCAAAAAGCUUCCCCAUCAACGGUUACGGGCCAGUUCCGUUGAACCCAAGCAAAGCACCCUUCUCGGCGGAUAACAUCGCUAUUAUCACAGACGGCGACUGUGUCUCAACUUGCGCGUUCUUCGUCAAGCUGAUGAAACGCCAAGGCGUCCGCACAAUCACGUUCGGCGGCCGUCCACAAAAGGCACCCAUGCAGGGCGUCGGCGGCGUCAAGGGCGGCCAGUCACUCGGAGUCAACUAUAUCAACGGAUACAUCGAGCAAGCGAAUGGGCUGAUUAGAGACUCGGCCAACAGUGGAUCGCCACUGCUGACAUCUGCCGAGUGGAAGGCAUUCAAUGAGUCCAGCCCGAGCACGACGGCGUCGCUCCAGUGGAGUGGCAACCUGAAUCUGCGAAAUGAGUAUGACCCAGAGGAUGGUCAGACACCGCUGCAGUUUGUUUAUGAGGCUGCUGAAUGUCGGCUGUUCUAUACGCUGGAUAACUAUGUGGAGCGGGAGACCGUUUGGCAGGCUGCGGCGAAGGCUAUGUUUGGGAGUGGGCAGUGUGUAGAGGGGUCGACGAAGGGGAAGGGUAGUUUGAAUUCUUGA